AUGCUUCGGCCUACCAGAGGUAUGGGUGGCCGGCGGCGACAAAGCAGUCGGGAAGAAAUACAGCGCCUUGGCACUGAAGACACCCUGAAAUGUCCAAUAUGCCUGGACACGUUCGAGACCCCAAGGGCUUUAGCAUGUUUGCAUACUUUCUGCGAACCUUGUCUCGAGUUUUAUCUCACUGACUGCAAAGCCUCCAUUAAAGACGGAAGGCUGGAUAAAAUCGAGUGUCCGGUCUGCGGUCACCUCACUCUGCCGCCCGAUGUUUUAAAAUAUCCUCACGCUAUGGUUAAAGACUUGCCGCUGAAUCAUUUCAUUCUGCCUCACCUGGAUGGAGUAACCCCUCGUGACAGUAGCAGAGCGGAGUCUAGGCGGAAAAGGAAUGUUAACUUCACACAGAGUUGUGGCUCAUGUGCAGAAAGGGAAGUGGCAACAGAGGCCACAGCAUACUGCCAUGACUGCGAAGAUUUUCAGUGCGGCGAGUGUGUAGAUAACCACUCCAAAAUCAAAAUGCUGACUCGCCAUAAAAUCGUAACCAUUGAAAAGGUAACCAGCAGCUCACAAAUAUCUAAUUCUCUUGACAAACAUAACAUUUGCUUGGUCCAUCAAAACGAGGAUAUCCGAUUUUUCUGCGCUGACCAUGACGUCAUUCUCUGUAGCAGCUGCGCAAUGGCAAGUCACAAAGCUUGUGACAUUAUAAACGAAUUCGACGAUUUAGGAACGCAGCUCAGACACGAUGAUCGGACAGACAAACUCCGCGAUAACAUGAAAGGACUUCAGAAAGCGUUAAACGACAUGGUAGAAGCAAUCAGAGCUAAUAAUUACGGUAUUAAACGAGAGACGGAAGAAAUCCCUCGAAGAAUCCAGUCAAUGAAAGCAAAAGUUCUCAGAUUGUUCAAAUACUUAGAAGAUGAAACUGAGGAAAACAUUAAAGUCUUCCAAGAGGAGUAUGGGAAAAAGAACUCGGACAAAGCGUUCAAAUGUAAACAACUUCUUGUAGCUAUAGAAGGUUCAAAUGCUUCAUUAGAUACGGUGAUAGAACAUGGCUCAAACCACCAACUCUUUCUGACAUUUCAGAAGAUUAAAACUCAACUACAAGAGUAUGACGACAUGGUCAAGUCUGAAAAAGAAUCAUUGCUGUGUAGUUCUAUUCAACUGAAAGUCGAAGAUGUACUGGACACGAUCGUCAACGCAACGGAAAAAUUAGCUGAAGUACGUGUUGAAAGCGUUAAACCAGAUCUUGCCGAACUGCCGCCACUAUUGUUCGCAAGAAAGGAAGACCCGGUUGCAGAUAUGAAACCGGAACUAAUAAAAUCUGGAGAUCUGAAGAACAGUGAUGCAAAUAUCAUGAAAACGUGUAUUGCUGCUACAUAUAUGGAUAAGAAACUCGCCUUAAUAUUCGAGGUGAAAAAUAGGACCUGGUUCUCCAGUUCGUUUUCGCUCGUAACUACAGACAAGCUUGAGGAAAUCUAUACACAGGAUUUGAAACGGGAUCCGACGAAUAUCAUCUGUAUAGACAGCAACAAUGUGGCUAUCACGUUCCCAAACGGUGGAUUCAUAGAAUUUUAUCUUUACACACCGAAAAGAAAGAAGAAACCUAUGGCUUUUGUACUUGACCAUACGGUUAAAUGCGACAUAAGGGAUACAGUCAUUACAAAAUACAAUAAAACUUCUUUCGCAUUAAGCACGGGGAACUAUUUCGCGACCUUGACACAUGACGGGGUCAUGAAAAAGGUGUUUUACUACAGCGUCAGUUUACGUGUACGAGAAAAUGACUUCUGGUCUACGCAACUUGUGGUUGGGCAUAUGGUAGUAGAUUUUAAAAGGAAAAGAAUCUACAUAGUUUCGUCUAAACCAGACAAGCUGUAUUCUUUUAGCACAAAAGGUGAAGUGAUCUUCGAGUACAAUUUAGAAGACACGGUCAAAUAUCUCGAUCUGGACAAAGAGGGUGCCAUUGGUGUUUGUUCUGGGAGCGAAAGUUUUGGAAAACUGUUUCAGAUUUCACCAAAUACUGGAAAAAUCCUCAGGAAUGUUGCCAUAGAAACGCAAAAUCCAAACAUAGCGUGUUUCAAUAGAAAAAGUGGCGAUUUUUAUGUCAUUGAAAACUCUCAAAAGAAGACACAUAUUGAAAAGUACAAAUUUAACAUACAGGAAGAUGACGACUUAUUUGAUGACGACUGA